AUGGUGAGAAAGAGUAAGGGUCGCCAAAAGAUAGAGAUGGUUAAGAUGAACAAUGAGAGCAAUCUCCAGGUCACUUUCUCGAAGAGAAGGUCUGGUCUUUUCAAGAAAGCCAGUGAACUCUGUACUCUUUGUGGUGCCGAGGUGGCGAUCAUUGUGUUUUCUCCUGGUCGGAAAGUGUUCUCGUUCGGCCAUCCUUGUGUCGAAACCAUCAUCGACCGUUUCAUGAACCGUGGCCCUCCCCUUCACAAGCAAAACAAUACCACCAUGCAACUCAUCGAGGCCCAUCGUAACGCCACCGUUCGAGAUCUCAACAACCAGCUUAGUCAGGUGAUGGGACAACUCGAGAUGGAGAAGAAAAGAGGAGAAGAACUAAGUCAGAUAAGAAAAUCCAACAGGAAUCCGAACAACUGGUGGGAAUCUCCUCCCCAAGAGCUGAACCUCAACCAGCUGACCCAACUCAAGAAAUCGCUCGACGAUCUGAAGAAAAUCGUCGCCUCUCACGCCUCCAAGCUCCUUCAAUCGACCGUCCCUCCUUCUGCCAAUUUCUAUGUCGGAAACCAUUCUAACAACAGCGGCGGCAGUAGUUCUCAUAAUCUCAAUCUGUUUGGUCACCACCAGAGAAGAGAUCAUGUCGGAACAGGAAGAGCACCCAUCAUCAACAACAACAUGAAUCCUCCUCCUAAUGUUUAUGGAUAUGGCAGCGUUCAAGGGUUUAAGCAAGAAGAGACUAGCUCAGGUUAUGAGCCACAAUACAAUCCCGGUCAUGGUCCUAAUUUUGGAUCUGAUGCUAAUGCUCCCUAUUAAUUAAGACCUUGUCAUACACCCAACUUGAUUGCUCAACCGGUGAAAUGGAGACGCAAAACGUCUAUCGCAUCCGAAAUUCAAGCCUCAAGUUGGAGAAUGAGAUCGCACAUGACUUGUUUCCGUCCCGGGAUUAAUCUGAACUUCGAUCCAAAAUAUCCAAUUAUCUAAAAUAAAAAAACAUUGUCUAGUUGUUGUCUUUUGUAAUAUUUGGAACA